AUGCUGCCCGCCGUCAUGAAGGGCCUCAGCCUGGCACUGUUGGCCGGCCUUCUGUGUGCGGCGCCCGCUCAGGGCCUGUGGUGUCAGGACUGCACGCUGACCACCAACUCCAGCCAUUGUACUCCGAAGCAGUGCCAGCCGACAGAUACCGUGUGUGCCAGCGUUCGGAUCACCGACCCCAGCAGCAGCAGGAAGGACCACUCUGUCAACAAGAUGUGCGCCUCGUCGUGCGACUUUGUGAAGCGUCACUUUUUCUCAGACUAUCUCAUGGGCUUUAUCAACUCAGGGAUCUUGAGAGUGGACGUGGACUGUUGUGAGGAAGACGUGUGUAAUGGGGCGGCUGGGGCUGGGGGCAACCUCUGGGCCCGGGCUGGGGGGCUCCUACUCAGCCUGGGGCCUGCCCUCCUCUGGGCUGGGCCCUGA